GGGAGGGAGGCUGGGGGUUGGAAGGGGCCGUGGAUGGGAUGGGGUGCUGAGCAGAGCCGCUGCCGCUGUCUUCACCCAAACAAACUCGUUCACUUUCUUGCCCUGCGCGCGGCUCCCAUUUCCACCACUCUUCUCUCCAGCAUCAUGAAUCCCUUGACGAAUGUCAAAAAUAUACAGAAGCUGAGUGAGAGGGAGCUGGAGCUUGGCGUGGACUUCAAGCACUCGUGGCACCAGCAGUACAGAGACAGUGCCUGGAUCUUCAUUGGCGGGCUGAACUUUGAGCUGAGCGAGGGAGACAUUAUUUGUGUGUUCUCCCAAUAUGGCGAGAUUGUCAACAUCAAUUUGGUACGAGACAAAAAGACUGGCAAGAGCAAAGGUUUUGCCUUCUUGUGUUACGAAGACCAGCGCUCGACAAUCCUCGCUGUGGACAACUUCAAUGGAAUCAGACUUGCCGGCCGCACCAUCCGGGUGGACCACGUGGAGGAGUACAAGGUGCCCAAGAUGACAGAGGACAUGAUGCCUGAGCAGCAACAGCUUGCUCUGGAAGGCUGUGCACCCCAGCCAAUUGUCCCUGCUACUGAAGGCAACCAGGAAGAACCACUGCACAAAGAUGAAAAAAAUAUAAAGAAAGAAAAGAAUGAGAAAGUUAAAAUAAAGAAAGAAAAAAAGAAAAAGAAGAAAAAGAAAAAGGUAUCAUCUUCCUCCUCCUCAAGUAGCUUGUCAUCCUCUGAUGAGUCUGAGAAUGCUGAGAAAAAGAAGAAAAAGAAAAAGAAGAAGAAAAGGAAGAAGAAGAAGAAGGCAAAGGAUGAAUCACAUAGUAGCAGUGAUGACUCAGAUGAUGAGGAGGUCAGGAAGACAAAGAGGAGCCGAGUAAAGGAAAAAAGUGAUGGAAGCGUGACUGUAAAGGAGGAGAAGAUGGACUCUGGGUAUGACAAAUAUGAACACCCGGACAGCAAGCAAGAUGAGGAGGUGGAGCAGGAACACCGUGUGAAGUCUUCCAGGGAUGGAGAAAGGGGACAGGACAAGUAUAAAGACAGAGACCGAUAUUGUGAUGACAGGUACAGAGACCAGGACAGGUACAGAGAUCAGGACAGGUACAGAGACCAGGACCGUUACAGAGACCACAGCCGAGACAGAGAGGACAGCCUUCUGAGGGACAGCCGGGAGAGGGAGAGAAGACAUGACAGGUACAGGGACAGGGAUGGGGACAGCUAUGGUUACAGGGACGACCGUGAUAGAAUGAGGGAGCAUGGCCACUGGGGAGACAGUUCAGAUGGCCGGUACAGAGGGAGAGGCAGGGGCAGGUACUUUGAUGGGGCACGAGGCAGACACUACAACAACUAUAACAGGAGGGGAAUGUUCAACCGUGGAGGGAGAAUUGGUGGCCGGGGAAGGUUUAGGUUCAGAGGAAGGAGGUAGAGGGAAGGGGAGGACAAGAAGGGAGGCAGUUAGCAGCAAUAGACAGAGAUUUAAGUGUUUCAAAGGAACAUAAAGUUAGGAAGUCAUUAAAGAAAUUGCAUAAUUUUGCUGAGGAAGGAAGGCUGAAUAGAGUGUGAAAGAUGGUAGAAAAUAAGACAGGAAGCUUGUAAAAUUAUAAGUUAGUAUGGGAUUAAGAAACUAAUAGAAGAAAUGAAGACAGGAUAGAAAGGGCAGUUGAGAAGAUUAACUUACAGGAAAAUCUUGUAUGGUGAAGAGUUUAUGUUUACUGAAAAGAAUUGGGCAUUAUGUAGUGGUAUUGUCUCAUAAGAGUUGGUUUCAGAUGACAUGAAAAUCUCCUACAAACCAGACAGGUAACAGUACUUGUUACUUCAUUGCCAGUAAGAUGUAGAUAGCAAUAGCAUGAAUAUGUGUAAGUGAAAAUCAAACAAACACCAUACAAGUAAUUGGAAUCAUAUGAUUAAUUUUUGUAUCUCUGUAGAAGAGUGGUUUGUAAACCCUUAUACUUGCAACAUUAUAGUCAUGAAGACUUGCACUUCAUGAAAUAUUUUGUUUGAUAGUUACAGCUUUGAAUUUCAGUAUCUGUUGUAGCAACAAGCACCUUCCAUCCAAUCCUCUCCAGAUUCCUUUUCAGACUCCCUUGGUCCCUCCAGUACCCCAAGUCUCCACAGUCCCCAUUGUGAGGCAAAACAAAGGCAUAUAAAACAUAGCAGUCGACAUUUGUCAACUGGGCAUGAAGAAAGAUUAUAUUAUUUUACUUUGCUUUCAUUUUAGAUUAAUAUGAUGUUUAAGCUUCACACAACCCCUUGAUCCCUUUGUUCCAUUGGUGAGCUGAUCAGUGUCAUUGUUUUAGGAAAAGAUGGAAAUGUACAGGCAGUUGGUGGGUUAAAGGGUAUAAAGCUUAGUUGUCAAGCUUCUCUGACCAGCCUCUCAGGUGUUGCAGUGACGUCUCAGCCUUUUCUCCCUGAGGUCCAUCAGCCUCUCCAAUAAGGAUGUAGUAAAGCACUUCAACUCUUCUGUGUUAUGAGUUUUAUGUUUGACAAAUUCACUGAAAAAUCUGGUUACUGAACCUUUUAUUUUUUCUGUAUUUAGAAAUUAAUCAAAUGAUGAUGCUGAAAACAA